CGGCGUCCGCAGUAACGCGAGCGCUUCCGUAGAGAGUGGUACCGUGUCCCGUGCGGCUCUCGUCGUGUUUGUGGCUUCGUGUGUGACGACGCGCAGCGCGCGGUGCCAACGCGCGCGCGCUCUCUCUUCUCCUCCACGCGCGCCGGCCACGCGUCGUCCGUUUCGUCGCCGAGCGCGCCGUGUGUUUGGGAUACGUCGCAACAACGCAAAGAGCGGCAGAGUGUGCGCCGAAAGUGUGAGAACGCGCGCGUCCUUCUCACGCGGCGAGACGACGGGAGUGUGGGGGGCUAUAGUGAUACCGCAGCUUGCAUAGUUGCUUUACACGAACGCGCGCGCGACGUCUUCGCGGCACUCCGCCUCCGCCAGAGAGAAGGAGUUGUGAGUCGCGAGAUCUCUCGCGGUGGUGCUCAACGACAAGUAAAAGAACGCGCCGACGAACGAGUCAGCUGGGGGGGGGCUACGGCGUGUCUGAUACAUUACACACGCAAACAUCACACAUGUACACGCGCAUUACGUGUAUAUAAUACAGAUUCGUAAUCACCGAGAGCGCGCAUCGCGCGGGAAGAAUGCCGACUCGUGUCGUCGUCACACAGACGAUCGGCCAGCAGCGACGGCGUGCUCGUGUCGGCUUGGUUUUCGGGUCGCCGAGUGGCGACUGAGAGGGGCAGAAGGGCGGCUGCGUGUGUGUAGAACUAAGGGAUGCGGGGAUCCCGUUAGGGAGAAAGAGUGAGAGAGACAGAGAGAGAGAGAGAGAGAGAGAGAGAGAGACAGCCGGGCGGCACGUUGUUUAGAAUAGUGUGACAUUGCUACGCGGCGAUCCGCGCGGCGUAGGUGUGUGACUCAACGUCUCACGACUUGUGCUGUGCGCGGGCAGAAAGGGGAAAGGAAAAGGAACGAAAGAAAGACGCGCUAUUGGAUCGGCGGGGAUGGCCGAAUGGCGACAACGGCAAACGCUCAUCCACGACGUAUAGAUGCUGCACUUAGACGCGACACCGACGACGUGACGGCCACGUGCCCGCAGCGGACGCUCCGUCGUCGUCGCCGUUGGCCAGUGGCAACUUUAACUCUCCCUCUUUUUUUGCCGGGCGAUUGCGUGCCUAGCAUGUCGUAAUCGCGCGGCGAGCGGAACACGCGAGAACGGUGCUGUGUACUCGUCGUCUAUAUUCGUGCAUACGCACGUCACGGCGGAAAGUCUUUCAGCCGUUUGCUGCGAACGCUCUCGAGGAGACUCGAUUAAAUUGGCGCGUUUUUGAGAAGACGCUCAGACAGGACGAGAGAGGAUUGUGAGAGAGCGGAUAGAACGGCAGUGGUUCUCGACACUUUUUACGGCCGAGAGAGAAAAGGAUCGCGCUGUCCCAAGUUUCAGAGGAUACAACCACGGAGGAGUGCGCGCGCGCGCGCGCGCGCGCGCGAGAGAUAGAGAGAGGGAGAGAGAGAGAGAAACGGGAAGAAAGUAGUAGACAUCCGAUACACGCAACGCCAAAAGGGGAGGGUGAAAAGAGGAAAGAAGAGAUUAUCGGCGAGUGAGAAAGAAAAAGAGAGAAGAGAGGGAGAGAGGGUGAGCGCGAGUGAGAUCGUGAAAGAAGAAACGAGCAAGAGAGAAAGAAAGACGGAGAAGAGGAACGCGCUUAGUCGACUACUCUAGUCCAAACCUCGGCGAGAGUUCGAGGCGAGAGGGUGAAGAUCGUCGUGGAGGGGGGAGUGAUGCCGGCCGUGAGCGUGGCACAGCGCCCUCCAGGUGGAAUCCCACUCCACACCGGCGUGCCGGUAGCACCCAGCAGCGUAACCGCCCCCGGUCCGUCGGGCCGGUGCCUCGGGGGCCCGGCAGCACCCCCCGCCGGCUCGCCACCGCUGCCGCCGUCUUUGCAAUCCCUCGGUGGCGGUGUUGCGAACAGCACCGCCAGCAACAACAUCGGCGUCAACCCCAACAUCGGCGGCGGCCACGGCCACGGCCACGGCCACGGCCACGGCCACAGCCACAGCCACAGCCACAGCCACGGCCACAGCCACAGCAACAGCAAUAGCAACAGCAACAGCAGCGGUAGCAGCAGCAGCAGCAGCAGCAGCAGCAGCAGCAGCGGCAGCAGCAACGUCGCCAACAACCACCACCAUCUCGGCAACAACGCCCUAGGUAUCAACACAGCGAGCGGCGCCACGAAUCCCCUGCAGGCGAUGGCAUCGGCGGCGGCCUCGCUCACGCAGCUCAACAACAUGGCAAACGGCCCGUUGCCGCCGCUCGCGGCCACGGGCCCCACCGGGCCGCCGAGCUUACCGCCGCCGCAGCCAGCCACGACGCCGACGCACGGCGGCCCGCCUACCCCGCACGGUGGUGUUAGCGCGGCACCCCAUCUGAACGGCGCGUCGCCGAGUCCUCAUCCGAUGCCGCCUCACGGCAUGAUGAGCGGUUCUCCCCACACUCCUCACCCGCACAUGGGUGGUGGCGGGCCCUCGCCUCAUCCCCAUCACCCAGGACCUCACAUGGUCGGCUCGCCGCACCAUCCAGCGCCCCAUCCGAUGGGCCCGGCCGGUAUGAUGGGGCCGGCCGGUAUGCAGCCUCAAGGUGGACCCGGCAUGUGCGGGCCUGGACCCGCUGGCCCGAUGGGGCCGCACGCGCACCCUCAGGGACCAGGGGUACCUGGACAGCCGCAUAUGCAGCCGCACGAUCCGUUCUAUUGCUCGCCCUUCGGAUCGCCUUACUUCAGAUCGUUACCUGUCCCCAGGAGGCAUACUCCGUACUUCAGCCAACCGGACUACAGGCUGUACGAGUUGAACAAGAGGUUGCAGCAGCGCACCGAGGACAGCGAUAAUCUUUGGUGGGACGCUUUCGCGACUGAGUUCUUCGAAGACGACGCCACCCUGACGCUCACCUUCUGCUUGGAGGACGGACCGAAGAGAUACACGAUAGGAAGGACGUUAAUACCUAGGUACUUCCGUUCGAUAUUCGAGGGCGGAGUGACGGAACUUUACUACACUAUGAAGCACUCGAAGGAGUCGUUUCAUAACACCAGCAUAACCCUGGACUGUGAUCACUGCGUCAUGGUCACGCAUCAUGGAAAGCCGGUCUACACGAAGGUGUGCACGGAGGGUAGGUUAAUAUUGGAGUUCACCUUCGACGACCUCAUGAGGAUAAAGUCGUGGCAUAUGUCGGUGAGGGGGCAUCGAGAGUUGGUGCCGAGGUCGGCCUGCAUGCAGCAGGACCCGAGUUUGCUGGAGCAGCUCAGCAAGAACAUCACCAGGCAGGGCAUCACCAAUUCCACCCUCAACUACCUUAGGUUAUGCGUAAUCUUGGAGCCGAUGCAGGAACUAAUGUCGAGGCACAAGGCGUACGCGUUGUCACCGCGCGACUGCUUGAAGACGACCUUGUUCCAGAAAUGGCAGAGGAUAAUUGCACCGCCGGGUAAGAGAGAGUCUCAACGGCCUGCAAGUAAGAGAAGAAAGCGGAAGGGUAGUACGUCGGGGCCGGGCAACAACGCACCUCCUGCGCCGAGCAAGAAAAGAUCUCCAGGGCCAAAUUUUUCCCUCGCGUCACAGGACGUAAUGGUUGUGGGUGAACCAUCACUGAUGGGCGGUGAGUUCGGUGACGAGGACGAACGACUGAUCACGAGGCUUGAGAACACUCAGUACGACGCUGCGAACAGUCUUGAUCCUCAUAGUCAUGACGCGACAGGCGGCCCACCCCCGCAUCCUCAUCAGUUCCAUUCGGAACCGACCCCAGGCAAUUCCUGGCCGCCAGAUCGCGGUCCUGGCCCGCCACAAGGUGGACCUGGCAGUCAGGGUGUCCAGGGUGGCCAAGGUGGCGCGGCUGCGGGAGUACAGGGAUCACAGGACGCCAGUCAACAGCAGCAAGACAAAAAGAGCCCCGCGGUGAGCCAGUGAGGCCAGGAGUCCCCGCGCCCCCCCACCAGGGGGCGACGGGGGCGCAGGCCCAAGAACGUGGCUCCCUAGCGGGGCGAGAAUCCUAGCC